AUGUUGGUUAAUCAUAUUCUGAAACACAGAGAAAAAAAAAUUAUUAGCUUAUCAAAUUAUCUAUGGGGGCGUGAAAAAGAUUCAAUAAAAGGCAGAAACAAACACACGAUCUGUUUCACGUCAAGCAAUACGUGGAGUAACUCCCGAUAUAACAAUAAAAGCAAGCUGUGUAAGCGGAUCGACUCAUCAAGUUCCGUUUGA